AUGUCCUCCUUCCACGACGCUAUGAUGCUCGCCGCCUUCCGCCCCAACACCCAGCCCCCGCCGGCCCCUCCCAAGACGUCCGAGCCUCUCCUCCCGGACUUUCACCUCACCACCCUCGAGCCCCUCUGCUCCGUCCACGACAUCAUCCUCGCCUUCCUCGAAGAAUCCUCCCCCGCUCUGCUCCUCCGCGUCUCCCCCGAAUUCCACGCCAAGAUCCUGCCAAUGCUCUAUACACGUGUUGUCCUCAAUGCCGACAACGCGGCUGCCUUUUUCUACGGCGUGACGGACGGUAAAGACGGGCGGAAAGCAAAGUCGCUGGAGAUGGUGAGGACGAUAGUCUUUUCAGAUCCGGAAGCAAUGGAGGGCGUCAUGCGCCAGGUGUACCAACCGCCCAAAUCACGCUCGUCCGACCCAUUCUGGCGCCCGCUGCCCGAAGUGACAUAUCCCAUUCUGCCCAAUGCCACGCACCUCCAAAUAGGCUGGCCUGUCCUCCGCUUCUUCCUCACCCCGCCUCACGACAUCGUUUCCUUCCCCGACGACCCGCGCGAAAGCCCCGUGCCGACACAAGGCAUGUCGGCGAUGAUGAUCUACGCCAUGAGCUUUUCGCGGAUGCUCGAAGAUCAGGUCCCAAAGCUGGAACGUUUAUGUGUCGAUGUGGAGAGUGGGGACGAGUAUGAUGGUAUUGCGGUGGAGCAGGUGUUUAGGACGGUGGCGUAUAGAGGCAGGAGCGCGUGGCUCAAGACGCAGGGGAGAAGGUCGGGAUCGAGAGUGUUUGAUUUCACGCUGUUGAUACGGGUACAUCUCCAACCUCAACAAGCGCCCGUGUAUCUGCCCAACAAGACACCAGCACCGUUCAUCAUCCGUUUCUGCCCUCACGCCGACCCCGCGCGGCAUAUAGCCGUCGACCCCAAAAUCACCGCUUUCGCCAUAUACAACCUCUUCCGGAUACAUGCCAGCCGGGAUAGCGUGCCCGCGGUAUUUGAGGUGAUUGAUGAAGUCCGAGUGAGGAGGGAGCUGGAGCAGCUGAUAGAGGAUUUGGGUAUGAGGAGGAGUACGGCGACUUGGGAUUACUUUUGGAGGAGCUUUGAGCUGAAGGAGAAGGGGGAAGAGGAGGAGGAAUGGGAAGCGCCGGAAUAUGAUUGA